AUGAGCUACAGCUACCCCUCUGCGCGAGGGACUCGGUCCUUCAACCCUGUCGCCGUCCUCGAGCGGGUGCGCGACUCCCUCCCGGCAAAGGCGAGAGAAUGGAUCGUCGGCCUGCGGGCACGAAGCGGUCACGACCUGCACACGUCAGCGUGGAGAGCUGCGCGACGGCUAAUCUGUGUGACGAACGGAUUGAUCUUACUCUGGAUUCUGACGCUGUGGUGGGGAGAACGGACGGUGUUCCGGGACGGAGUCGAGGCGUGUCAGUGGGGGAAUUGGGAGAAGUGGCCACAAGGAGCGACGCCGCAUCACGUUGCGUUUGUUGCUGAUCCGCAGCUGGUAGACCCCCAUACGUACCCUGGUCGGCCGUGGCCCCUGUCGACCCUGACGGUGAAAUAUACGGACCAAUAUAUGCGGCGGUCGUUUUCGUCGGUUCAGCGGAAGCUGGCGCCAGACUCGGUCUUGUUUCUGGGCGAUCUGUUCGACGGGGGGAGAGAAUGGGCGAGGGGGGAGUAUUCGAGUCCGGAGAAGCAGUAUCAGGGCUACAAGGAUUCGUUUUGGAAGAACGAGUUCGGGCGGUUUGUCAGGGUGUUUUCGGAACACCUGAACGAUGGGGAUCCGCGGUCGAUGGAUCCCCGCGGCCGCAGGAUGAUUGCGAGUCUGCCGGGGAACCAUGACCUGGGGUUCGGGACAGGGGUCCAGCAGCCGGUGAGGGAUCGGUUCCAGGCUUACUUUGGUACUGGAAACCGAGUCGAUGUCAUUGGCAAUCACACGUUUGUAUCGGUUGACACCGUGUCGCUGAGCGCGAUGGAUCAGCCAGACCCCAACACGGGCAGUUCGGGCACCGGUUCUGGAGAUGGGCAGCAGCCAAAUUACCAGAUCUGGAAGGAUUCCGAGAGUUUCCUCAACAGCGUCCAUCUGCACAAGGCAGCCGCGGAGAGCCAGGAGCUUCGCAUGCUGAACCACCAUAGCGAAGGGAUAAUGUUCCACCAUCGAGUCUUUCAGAACGCUUUGGAGCCGUCGGUAUACAAACUUCCCGAGCCGCGGGGCGUCGACUUGCCAACUGUGCUUCUCACCCAUGUCCCCUUGUUCCGUCAACCGGCCACGCCCUGCGGCCCCCUGCGAGAGAAAUACCCGCCCUCCUCCGAGGGCGAGUUGGAGCAGGACGAGCCGAACGCUCUCAAGAUCCAGGGCGGCUACCAGUACCAGAAUGUGCUGACACCCGCCAUCUCAAACGACAUCGUUUCCAAAGUCGGCCCAACCCUCAUCCAGGUGUACUCUGGCGACGACCACGAUUACUGUGAAAUCACGCACCGCGAGUUCAGCGGCUCGCCCAAGGAGAUCACCGUCAAGAGCCUUUCCUGGGCCAUGGGGGUUCGCCGUCCCGGCCUGGUCCUCGCCAGUCUCUGGAACCCCAUUGACCCCCAGACAGGCAAGGCGAUGGCGACCGAAUCUGCCCCGGUCACUCUUCAAAACCAUCUGUGCCUUCUGCCGGACCAACUCGGUAUUUUCAUCCAAUACGGCUGUCUGUUUGCAUUCACCUUGCUUGUUCUCCUGGUUCGGGCCGUGGUCCUGGUCUUCCACCCACCGCCAGUCGAUAGAGAUGCUAUUCUCGACCCCGUCCUGCCUCUUACAGAGCAGCGCUCUCAGUAUCCUCCACUUCCUCCCAGAAUAUCCUCUCCUCCAACCUCUAGUACCUCCAGUUCCAAGACCUCAUCACCCGUCGGCUUGGCCAGUCGUGCCGUGAACGCACCAACCCCCCGCUACAAUCCUUCAAAGCCAUACUCGGAUGCGUAUCCUAUAGAGAAUUACUCCGACGGGUCGAAAUGGAAAGGCCGCCGACCCGGAGGGCCAGGUUCCGAUUCCUCCAGCCAUCAGAUUCUCCGAGAAUUCAUUCGGUCGAUCAAGACAGUUGCCAGGAUUGUUUUUCUAUGGUACUUCUAUUUGAUUUGGACGUGGUGA